GACUCACCAUUUUCGCCCAACUCACACUUCUCGCUAGGAUAGAGGAUAGGGAUUAACAUUGAAUCUUCCCAUCAGAGCGAGAAGUGUGAGUGAUCGGAAAGCACCGCAGAAAGAUCAAAAGCGAGAAUGUCGGGACGAAGAAGCGGAAGGAGGAAGCGGAAAUUACCGUCGCGAGCUGUUGCGCGGGUUGGACACAAACUGCAUCCGCUCGAAUUCAUCACAUUCCCAGAUAGCAUGUGGCUUGAUCUGCAGGGAAUUUGGUAUUUAGGACUACAUGGAGAAUUGAACGAGCACAUGAAACAGAACUACCAGAAAAUUGACACAAAACCUCUCCUCGAGUUGCUGGAAGACCUGUUAGGAGGAAAGGCCUUAGGUCUCUAUUCAGAAGCCUGCAUGAAUGAACAGGUCGCAACUUUAGAAUUCUUCGACGAGCAAAUUUUCAAAGGGUACAUGUAUGGCAUCACUCGUUUGCAAAAUCUUCAGAUUGAAGCCAAACAAAAAUAUCGCAAACAACUUGAGGACAUCGUCAAAAAGCACAAUGAUGACAAGGCUAGAAACAGGACCGACAAACCGAAGAAAGGUAGUAAGGCAUUUGAAAUUGAAGAUCUGGCCUCAAACAUUCCUAUGAGCGAAAUGACAGCUAAUGAUUACCAGAGAUUUCUUGCUCAACCUGUCGAUGAGCCACAGCACAGUGACGAUGAGCCACAGCAAAGUGUUGAUGAGCCACAGCAACCUGUCGAUGAGCCACAGACACCUACACAAACAGGCACUCUUCCAUUGGAGACGAGAGCCCCGAGUCAAAUUGUCACUAAUGAUCUGUCAUCAAACAAUGGCCGGGACCACCAAUCUGUUGAGGUUGAUAACAGCCCAACAAACAAAACUCUGGUUGCUGUAGAUUCUACUGUUGUCCAACGACGUCACACUGGGACUCUUGUCCCAGAUCCUGAGCACAGUUGCCCAGCUCAUCAAGACAUGCCACAUGAUGCGCAAUUUGACCAACCUGCUUCUGUGGCCGAUCCGUUAUCCAACCCGUGCGUUCCAUCUUCUAACCUUCCUGGUCAGCCCCCUGACGUGGCUACAUCUCCCACAAAAAAACGGCCCGGGAGGAGGAGGAAGAAGAAGAAGAAUAAUGGCGAAAGUACAGGAGAUACCGUGUCAACGCCUCAUACCCCUUCAUCUCGCAGGGGCCGUAGAAGAACCCCAUUCUACAGUGACAGUAAUCUCCGUAUGAAAACAAGCUUACGGGAAAUGAGAACACGACUUGAAGUCCUUGAAAUGGAGCUGAAAGCGAUUUCCCGAAAGAGGAAUAGGAAGCAGUCCAAGAAAAGAGUUGGGCCAAUGUCCAUUCUUGUAAGAGGAAAAAUCAAACGGCGCUGUCCUAGAACAACUCAUGCACCCUGGACUGCCAUCUGCCAUGCAUAUCAAAAUCUUAUAGACGACCAGGAAAUACAGGAUGGAGUGUACGACGUUCCAACCGAUUCUGAAAUACACUUCCCUGAAGCUGAGUCUAGACAGGUCGUGCCUGACGCGGCUGUUCCAACCUCAAUAGAUGUUGAUGCACAGCAGGAUAAUGGUUUGGAAAAUGUGAUUGAUUUCUCUCAUUCAUUUCCGUUUCGUCCAACCCAUUCGAGCACUCCUGUCCCGGCGCCUGGAAAACACCAACCUGUUGUGCCUAAACCAAGAGCUUCUGCUGAACCACCUCAUGCUGAAAGUUUUGUAGACCCAGGACCUACCACCGAGGUCCCGGCCUGCACUCCUGAAUCAGAGACUGUCCCAGUGUGCUCAACUGCAGAUCAGGUAGACAAAUCACCUGAAACUCCUCCAGCUUCCAAUGGGAGCAAUGGACCAGUGCAAACAUCUGCUGGAUCUCAAGAUUGGCAAACACAUUCUGGCAUGCCAAAGGCAACUUAUCCUCUAGAUCUUGAUUACAACCCAAUGAGCAAGCACAGCAUCCUGUACGCCUUGUCGAAACUGCACCGUGCCAAGGAGGCAGAUGGGACACUGCACUCUGACCCAAUCACGUUCAGCACCUUUGCCAAGGUCAACACAACUCACAAAAGUGUCGUGUGUGCCAUCUUUCUUCAGAUCAUGGAACUGUGUGAGAUGAGUAUUUUAGAGCUUCGCAACCAAGAAGAUUGCUACGGAAUGCAGAUUAUCCUGCCAGAAGGUUUUGACCACGACAUUGAGGAGCCAGAAUUUCUGUUUGGUCGCCAAGCGUAGACCUGACGCAGAUCUAUAACAUAGAUUUUUUUGUUAAUUAUUUGCAUUUAUUUUUAUUUUGAACAUCAUUUCACCAGGCGAAAGCAAACUUGUAUGUGCAUUGCUUCCUGUCACAUGCACACCAACCUAUCAGAAUAGAGCGAAGGAUAUUUGAAUGCGUUGUUUGUUUUUCAUGAUUUAGACAUAACAGUCAAAAUGAUAUUGUUAUUGAAUCACAUGGAAAAAAGGCUGAAAUGGUAGUUUUGUUCAAUCUCUCAACUCAUUUAUUUUCGAAAUUUGAAAAUCUUGUGUUAAAUUUUAAUGAAGUGAAAAAAUGAAAUAUAAAUUAAAUUUCAUCAUAUUAGAUUGAAUGUGUAGGCUGUUGUUUUAUGGAAUCAUAAAUCUCAAUAAAGAUAAAAUGAAAAAUCAGC